AUGCCGAAAGUCAGCAAGUCGCGCAGCCUAUCCCACAGCCCGCCAGGCACAAACUCAAACCCAUUCCAUCGUCUGCUAUCCCGAGUCAAGUCUCGCCAGCUCGCCAACUCUCCAAUCCAGAAACCCGUCCGUCAUGGUAGACCAGAUCCAGAUCCAGUUGUAGAUACGCCUCCCGAAAAACCAAGAGCCCGCGUAGCCCUCCAGAACGAAGACUUGACUGAAGAUGUUGUUGUCAUCACUGCUCUUUCGACGCUGCCUUUCUGCUGCCAUGAAGAUCUCUUGACUAUGUCUCGCCCGGGUUUGGUUGCUGUAGCAGAGUCGCUCAACGAGAAACUUCCCAUCGCGAUGCGUAUUUCUAUCAGUCGUACUCGGACGGACACUGCUAUUCGAAACGAAGUAGAGUUCAUUGUGGGCUUGCGCAACAACAGAACACAUGUCCACUCAGUCACAACAACACGACACAGAACACCUCCCCCUACAACUCCUACUUCAGUUUCCAGAAAGAGACAUAGAGUUAUCUAUGGAACACCGGCAACGCCUAUGCUCGAACGUCUUGCUGAGGUCGAAGAAGAAGUAGAAGAGCCAGUGCGUCGCAAGCGACUUGUUAUGAAGACACCAGAACCAGAUGCUUCCUCGCCUAUUGCCUCCCGCCACAACACUUCCAGUCAAUCACCAACCACCAAACCAAGGGUAGACCAUGCAGUUGUCAAAAUAAAGCUUCCAAAGAGCCGCAAGCCGCUGGAGAUGACCCGUCAUGUUAGCCAGCCUCUCGAAACACGCCGACAACCUAUGCCAAACACGGGACGUCGUGCUGCAAGUUGCUCGUCUCCAUUGGUCAGCGCUGGGGCGUCUCGGAAGGCAUUGUUGGAGGAUGAGUAG